GCGAACCUAUCGAAUCGAACGGAUUUCAAAAGCAAAGAGAUAACCGCCACAUCAGCUGUCCCCUGUCCGGCUUCGCUGCUCCCGUCGACUCAAAGACAAUGCACUGUUAAUUCGGUAAAUAUAAUUGACUAAGGAUUACGCGCUUGUAAAGAGUUAGAGGAAAUGAUGGUAGGAGGCUAGGUUCCGUAAAACCGAAGCCCAGGGCACGUUCGUGAUACCCCCAAAUGAUAUGGUAUGCUUUUGUUGUGGGGAAAAAGCCUCACCUCAAACAGACCGUGGAAUAACCGGAGACGAAGGCAAACUGCCGUGGGAACUGUAACGCCGAGGACGUAGCAUAUAAGCAUCCAGCAGAAUAGAGGAUAUGUAGAGAAAGACGGAUCCAAACAUGCGGUGGGAUACAAGGGCUCGACUGGUCUACGGGUUUUGACUGUGGGGAGCAGUACAGUUAUAUGAAGGACCAAAGCCAGAAUCCGAGAUAAUAAUGACUGUAGAGAGAUAUUCAUUGGUCACAUAGCGACAGUCAUUGCAAAAAUGUGAUGGGACAUUGAUAAAGGCCCGUAAGAAAAUAUGUUUGAUUUAUGGAACAUGAUAGGUUAAAACAUAGGACAGGUAAUGGCAACGGGCUGUCUAUAGGCUAGACUAGAAUGAAAAAAUCUCAACAGUGUAAAGUCGUAUUCCCUUGAUUGAGUUUGUGAUGCCAUUGCCCCCGGGUGUGCUGCCAUUGGAAAUUAAAUGGGAAGAUGUUGAGCUAGGCUCCUGCUCACUUCUCAAAGGUAUAGCCUAGUCUGCCGGUCAUGUACGUCUAUCUAUUUGGAAUAGUCAUGGUUUUCCCUGUUGCCUGAGAAAUUACAGAUUACCAGGCACGAGCAAGCUUCAACGACAGCGCAUGAUGUAUCUGACAAGUGUGAGAACCUAUAUGUGGUGGUGCGCGCACACCAACUCAUUCGAUUUAUUAAGGCUGAUUCGAUUUUGGAAUUCGGAGCAAAAUUGAAAAUAGCUUUUGAGAGAAUAGCUGUUGGAGAAAUGCCAUUCAACAAAACUGGAAAAGUCACAACAGAUGAGACUCCCCUUUUUCGGAUCGUCCUCAACAAAAUCACAGUAAGCUUUUUAUUUUCUCUUCGUGUGCAGUGCACAUUUAUGAAAUCUACAACUGCAUCCUCCCAUUAGAAAAAACGGGCACAUGUUGUUGUCUUUCGGGGUGGUUGUGUGGUGCUGGGGAUUGUUGAGCCGGAGACCGAUGCUGCUCCGCCGUCAGGGCAUGCCCAAAGGCCGCUUUUGCGUUUUGUUCAGUGACCUGAAGGUUUUCUUACUCAGGCCGCCGGUCCCGGCCCAGCCACGGGCAACCAGCCCAAUGAACGGACAAUACAUGGACAGCAGUCGGCCCAGCACCGACAAUGAUGCUACGACCGACAACAGCAACUCUGCAGCGAGUGCACCACCAGCAGCUGACGCGAAUGGCUAUGCUUCACAUGGCCGGCCGAGAGGAGGGCCUCAGUCUGCCGGGACAAAUGAGCCUAAAGCGGCGGAGGAAUGGCCGCAGGCAACUGGACAGACAGGGUCCCUGGACUAUGGCAGCUCUUCGGAGGACUGCUCCAAAGAGAAGUAUGACGAGAGACUCUCACUAAACAGCUGCACAGACAGCGGUGUCAGGACUCCACUGUGUCGGAUAUGUUUCCAAGGCCCCGAGCAGGGGGAGAUGCUGAGCCCAUGUCGUUGCAGUGGGUCGGUCCGCUGUACCCAUGAGCCUUGCCUCAUCAAGUGGAUCAGCGAGAGAGGCUCCUGGAGCUGUGAGCUCUGCUACUACAAAUACCAGGUCAUCGCCAUCAGCACCAAGAACCCACUACAGUGGCAGACGAUCUCUCUGACGGUAAUAGAGAAGGUCCAGAUCGCUGCGGCAGUGUUGGGUAGCCUGUUCCUCGUCGCGUCCAUCUCCUGGCUCGUCUGGUCUUCUCUCAGCCCCUCUGCCAAGUGGCAGCGCCAGGACCUACUCUUCCAGAUCUGCUACGCCAUGUACGGAUUCAUGGACCUGGUCUGCAUUGCACUGAUAGUCCAUGAAGGCCCAUCUGUGUUCCGGAUCUUUAACCGUUGGCAGGCUGUUAACCAACAGUGGAAGGUACUCAACUACGACAAGAUCAAAGACACUGAGGACCACCAGAAAUCCGGGCUAACGCCCCGGCACCCGGCCCUGCCAAAUCCCAGGACAGGUGCUGGUCCCGGGGCAGGUCCCGACGAGAUGGCCUCCCCCUCCACGUCCUCCCUCAUGGCCGCGGUGGCCGCCUCCGCACCCGGCUACACCGCAACCGUCCACCCGACGACCACCAGCCUGACGACAGUCACCACCCAGGACUCGAUAUCAGAGCGGAGCAACGAGGAGCCGACAUCCCUGCCGGACCACCACUGUGCGUACAACAUCCUCCACCUGCUUGCCCAGCAUCUCCGGACAACGCAGCCGGAGCCCCGCAGCAACCAAGUCCAGCUCCAGCCAGCGCAGCCCAGCAACAGCAACCGGGAGCUGGUCAUGAGAGUCACUACAGUCUGAGGCUUCAAUUGUGGCCUUUUGUUUACAAAUAAAGGGAGACGCAGACAUUGAUGGCCUGGUUUCAGGAACCUGAGUAGAGAACUAGAGACGGAGACGCAGCCUCCGAUGCUGUGGACUGAAUACUGGAAAAGAAAGAUGGUGGAGCGAGGAGGAAAUAGGAUGUGGGGGAAAAGUGUGAAUGUGUAAGAGUGAAGGAGGGGCAGGUGUAUAUGGAGAUGGGGUGGGGGGGUAGCAGAGAAAUUGAUUUGUCAGUUUCCUGUGUUUUGACAGCAUUGAUGUAAUAAAAAGAGAUUUGUAGAUGUGUAUUUGGAAGGAUGCGUGUGAAGAAAAUAGAGUUGACCUCCAGAAUUAUUGGCGCCCUUGGUAAAAAUGAGCAGAAAAUUGUAUGAAAAAUGUCUCUGUUUAUCAGCUUGAGCUUAACAUCAAAAUCUGGAAGAAAUCUAAACUUUAAAAUAGUUGAAAUUGUUUCAAGAAUAAACGAAUUCUCCUGGAAUCAUUCAAUGGAGAAUUGCAGAAGUCAGCUGAAUGUUGGGUUUAUCAAGACCAUAAAACUACAACUAGAUUAUUAGUCUCCCAAGACCUCCAGCUUGGUCUGGUCUAAUAAUUUGGCACUGACAUGAUGCCAAAUAAGUUGUUGGCAUGGAUGUGAUGCCUAAUAACUUGGCAUGCAGGUGACAUCUAAUUAUUGUUUUGGAGAAUUGGUGACCCCAAGAUUCAACAAACUUCUGGAAUUAUCCAACUGUGAUCAUUGGAGAUUUUUUUUAUUUGACCUAUCCAAUCCCCGUCUUUACUGUCUGUGGUGUUAAAUGACACCUGGGUCCUCUUCCAGGCAGGUUUCAUGAUGGUCAGUUGAUGAGACUUUCCCUGGAAAGCCAAAGAUAACGCUAUUAAGACUAUGAGAUCAAGAACUCCUACGGGGUGCCAAUAACUGUAACACAUUUAGGAGAAAUAUUUUUUACU